UUGCGUCAUUUACAGAGAAAUGAAACUUAAGGUGGUGGUUUAAAAUGUUCAGUUUGUUUGCACUGAAAGAGAGACAUCAGAGCAAAGAAUUCACAUCCAAGAAGAUAUGGCCACAGCCAGCCCUUUCAUCUCUGAGGACCAGUUCCUGUGCUCCAUCUGUCUGGAGGUUUUCACUGAGCCUGUUUCUACUCCAUGUGGACACAACUUCUGCAAAGCCUGCAUCAGCAGGUACUGGGAAGGUAAAGAGCAGAGUCAGUGUCCACUGUGCAACAAUAAGUUCAGCAAAGGGCUCAAACUUCGCGUCAACACUGCGUACAGGGAGGUCGUGGAGAAUUUCAGGAAACAUCAGCGGAUAGCUGGCAAUAAUUCCCUCGUCAAACCAGGACAGGUGCCAUGUGACUGCUGCCUUGGCGACAGGUUCAAAGCCUCUAAAACUUGUUUGGUGUGUCUGGCAUCGUACUGUGAGAUACACUUAGAGCCUCAUCAGAGAGUUGCUGCCUUAAAGAGACACAAACUAACUAAUCCUGUGCAUAACCUGGAGGAUAAAAUAUGCAAGAAACACAACAGGAUUUUAGAGCUCUUCUGCAGGAAUGAUUGCACACGUGUUUGUGUCCUGUGUACAGAACAUAGCGCUCAUAAUACAGUCCCUUUAGAUGAGGCGUAUGUUGACAAGAAGGCUCAGAUGGCAAAGAAAAAAACAGAAGUACAGGAAAUUAAAUCAAAGCGUGGCAAGAAGGCUAAGAAGACAAAAGCAGCCGUGCAGAUCAAGAGGAAAUGCGAACAAGAAGCAAUAGCAAAAGAAGCAGUAGCAAGCAGCGUUGAGCCUGACUAUAUCCAAGUUCCUUACAUUUGGUUUCCCAAUGAAGGCCCACAUCAACUGAACCAAUAUUUCUAUCUUCCUGCAAACAUAGGCAUUUCUGAAGGGAAAUACUACUAUGAGAUUGAGACCAAAGGGACAAUUGACUGUUACUUAGGAGUAGUGAGAGAGUCGAUUCUUCGGAGGAGGUCAUUCACACUUAACACCAGGAAUGGAAAUUGGAUCAUAAGGUUGGAGAAUAACACCAAGUGCACAGCUCUACAUAAUGUCCCUCUUCAAUUCUUCUUGACAAGGAAGCCUGGCAAAGUCACUGUGUUUGUAGACUAUGACAAUGGAUUUGUGUCCUUCUAUGAUGCCGACACUGCUGUUCCGAUCUACACUUUUACAGGCUGUAAAUUCAAAGAGAGAGUUUUCCUUUUCUACUGCCCUAUAAAAAAUGUCAGACAGCUUCAGAAGCUUCAAAAGAAGAUCCCAGACAUCUUAUUAGGCUUUAUUUUAAUGGCAGUAUUUCUGAUUUCAAUUUGGCAUAAUUAACAUUCACAUUAUCUUUUGCAAGGGCACAUCUGAAAUGGAUUAUAAUGAAAUCUAAUUCCAGUAAGAUCUGAUCAUAAUAAGCUCAUUUCCUGGAUGCUUUGGAAAACCAAGCCAUGCAUAAGCUCUGUUUGACUGGAAAUGAUAACUGGAAACGAGUUUUUCAUGUUUGUUGAUGAGGAAGUUGCGUGUUUAUUUUUGUAACUGUGCUUUAGAGUGCAUUUUUGUAAUUGUGCUGAUCAUAUGCAUUCAACAAAUUUUUUUUAAAUAGGUGCAUAAAUAUAUAAAUGAUAUGCUUGUUUUGUUAAUGAGUGCUAAAUUUUCAGUAUUUGAGAUGCAAAAUGAAAUUUGCAUCAAGUUUUUACUUUUCAAUGAAACAGUUGUCGUGUCAUUUUUGAAAUUAAUCAUCGUUUCAGCCCGGAAGCAACUUCUGAGUGGCCCAUUAUGCAGCAUUAAGUUUCAAUCAGUUGCAUUCUCAGUUAAAAAUAUUGUUUUUUUCUGGAGAUGAUGAUGGGAGCAGCUAAUGAGUGAACCAUGUCACUUCUUUCUCAUGCAAACAUUUCUCUGUGAACCCUGAAAUGUAAAACUAGCAAUAAAAAACCACUGCUUUAAAUCUG